AUGGGUAAAAUCACCUCUACGAGUAGAGAGGAGGUCUCGGUCGACACGAUCGAAAAGGGCCCGCUGCCCUCCGCAUCACCGUCGUCGUCGCCGGCGUCUUCAUCAUCCCCGCAGCUCGUCCUCGAGGCACCCGAUGAGGUGGUCAUGGCACACCCCGAGUGGCGGGCGGCGGAGAAGAGGCUGGUGCGGAAGCUGGAUGUGACGCUCAUGCCGGUGAUUUGGACGCUGUACAUGUUCAAUUACCUCGACAGGAAUAAUCUCGCACAGGCCAAGUUGGACAAGUUUGAGGCGGAUCUCGGGCUCGUGGGGGAGCAGUUCAACACCGCUGUAGCGAUAUUCAACGUCGGAUACAUGGUCGCCCAGUUGCCGUCCAACAUGCUCAUCACCCGCGUGCGGCCGAGCAUAUACCUCCCAUGCUGCGUGCUCCUGUGGUCGUGUGUAUCGGCGUCGACGGCCGCGGCAAAGAACUUUUCGAGCCUCGUCGCUAUUAGAGCGAUUCUCGGUGUUGUCGAGGCACCGUUCUUCCCAGGGAUCUUCUACGUCCUCUCCUGCUGGUACACCCAAAAGGAAAUCGCCUUCCGCACAGCAAUCCUCUACUCGGGUAUGCUCGUCGCGACGGCGUUUUCGGGGCUCAUCGCUGCCGCCGUCUUUGCGCACCUCGACGGCGCGCGCGGGCUCGCGGGCUGGCAGUGGCUCUUCAUCAUCGAAGGGGCGGGUAGCUUCGCGUCCGCGUUCGCGGCGCUGGCUUUCCUGCCGGACUACGUCGGGUCCCGGACGGGCAUGUGCUCGUGGCUCAUGUCGGAGCAGGAGCUGCGGGUCGCGGCGCAGAGGAUGGCGGCUGAUCGCGUGUCGGUGCCCGAGGAGAAGUCGAGUGUGUGGAGGGGGCUGGGGCUUGCUGUUAAGGAUGCGAGGACGUGGGCUUUUGUCUGCAUGAUGGCCUUCUACCUCUCCUCCCACGGCCUCAACAGCUUCUUCCCAACCAUCGUCCAGGGCUUCCACCUCGGCUCCAACACAACGACCCUAAUGCUCACCGCGCCCCCCUACCUCCUCGCCGCCGCCGUUGCCCUCUGCGUCGCCGUCUCCUCGGACCGCCGCGCCGACAGGGGUCUCCACAUCGUCGGCCCCGUCUGCGUGGCCAUGCUCGGCUUCGUGAUCUCGGCGGCGACGACGAACCGGCCCGCGCGGUAUUUCGCCAGCUUCCUGUACCUGCCCGGUGCCUUCGCGUCGACGGGGUUGAUUUUCAGCUGGGCGGCGAGCGUGGCGAGCGAGACGCCCGAGAAGAGGGCCACGGCGACGUCGAUUGCCGGCGGAUAA